UUUUUAAGGAAGAGUCAGAGGAUGGAUUAUUCCAAACUAAUUCCCAAAUGGCCAAAAUAUGUGCCAUGCGUAGGCUUCCUACACAUUUCUCAGGAAGCAAAACAACUUGUAUAAUGGUGUUCUCUAUCUUCUCUGCAGCCCCGGGAUUCAUGAACAAUUCAGUGAAAAGCACUGUGACUGAAUUUGUCCUUCUAGGCUUCCCUGGUGGCCAGGAGAUGAAAAUUUUCCUCUUUUCACUAUUCUUUGGGGUCUAUAUAUCUACCAUGAUGGGAAAUGGCAGCAUUGUCUGUGCUGUGAGGUGGGACCAACGACUCCAUACCCCAAUGUAUAUUCUCCUGGGGAACUUUGCUUUCCUUGAAAUCUGGUACAUUACCUCUACUGUGCCUAGGAUACUGGCCAAUUUCCUCUCAGAGACAAAAACCAUCUCUUUUGUUGGCUGUUUCCUGCAGUUCUACUUUUUUACUUCCCUCGCUACAACUGAAAUAUAUCUCCUCUGUGUCAUGGCAUAUGACCGGUACCUCGCCAUCUGCCGCCCAUUGCACUACCCAACCAUCAUGACCCUACAACUCUGCUAUCUCUUGAUUUCUCUUUGCUGGGUGUUUGGGUUCCUUAGUUACUCAGUCUCCACAGUGCAACUCUUUCAGUUGUCUUUCUGUGGGCCCAACAUCAUUGAUCACUUUGUGUGUGACAUGGACCCACUGAUGUCUCUGUCCUGUGACCCAGCUCCUAUCACUGAGAUUGUCUUCUAUAUCCUGAGCUCCCUCAUUAUCUUCCUCACCCUUCUAUACAUCCUUGGGUCUUAUAUCCUUUUACUGAUAGCUGUGUUAAAAGUUCCUUCAGCAGCUGGUCGGCAAAGGGCUUUUUCCACCUGUGGAUCUCAUCUGACAGUGGUCUGUCUAUUCUUUGGGGCCCUCUUGGCAAUGUAUGUGAGCCCCACAUCUGAAAACCCAGCUGAACUUCAGAAGAUUAUUACUUUGUUCUAUUCUGUGGUCACUCCCUUCUUAAAUCCUCUGAUUUACAGCUUACAUAACAAAGAGAUGAAGUCUGCUUUGAAGAAAGUCUUGAGGAUAGAAUAAGCAUAAUCUAUGGGAGACCAAGCAGACCACUGUCCACACAUAAAGGAUCACUUAAGAAAGACUUGAUUUCAGCUGCCAAUGCACACUUUAAAGAAAAUGUUUUCUCAGUGGGGCCCUUCAUUGAUUUAUUCUUCAGCUAACCAGGAAGAGCUGUAAUUAUAAUUGACUUAAAUGUAACAACUAUAUUUUCAACAUGGGCAAUCCCAGUAGAUACAAGGCCAUUACAUCUGUGGUAUUUCUCAAUGUUUUAGCUUUGAUUACUGGAGGGAUGGGAUGUAGAAGUUCGGAGAGCUGUUAUCCCAGGUGGAUCAUCAUUGGUGUACUCAAGGCUUUUCUUAACACAGUCUAAUAUUUUAAAAAGUGAAUAUGAAACAAAUUUUAAUGCCUAAUGACUACAGAACUAAAGGAUUUAGUAACAGAACAACCUUCUAAUUUCCUUGGUUCUUGAUGGUUGAGAGUCUUCCAGACUAGGGACAAACUGAAAGUUUCAUGCUUACAUAAGUAGUAAAUGUUUUAACAUUAGAAAAAGUAGUAGUCAUUCUUUCAUUG